AUGAAAGUCCUCUUGAAAAGUGACGAGAGACAAGCUGAAAAGUUCUUCAUUCAAAGAAGAAAUCUUGAUAUUGGCUUCAGUGUUUUUGCCAAGGAACCAAUUGAGGAAGGAAUGGUGGUUGCAUGUCUCAAUGGAGAAAUUUGCGGAGAAAAACACGUCAACAAUAACGAGACAGUCGCAGAAUACCCUGCUUUUUAUAAUUUUCUCAACUCACUGUUUUUUUUAUAA